GCCCUCACAGUAAGCCCGAGAAAAAGAAAGAACUCUCACGGCCUCGUUCGCUCUCGCUCACAAAACCUCCCGGCGGGACUCUAGGGUUUUCAGAGACCUCAUCACUCUUGGUCGACUGCAACCAUGGCGACCACCACCGCCGCGGCCCCGCGCCAGCUCUCUCAGAAAGAGGCUGACAUCCAGAUGAUGUUGGCCGCCGAAGUCCAUCUGGGCACCAAAAACUGCGAUUUCCAGAUGGAAAGAUACGUCUUCAAGCGCCGCAAUGACGGGAUUUACAUUAUCAAUCUUGGGAAAACUUGGGACAAGCUUCAGAUGGCUGCCAGGGUGAUUGUUGCGAUUGAGAAUCCUAAGGAUAUCAUUGUACAAUCAGCAAGGCCCUAUGGACAGAGGGCUGUCCUGAAAUUUGCUCAGCACACUGGUGCUAAUGCUAUUGCUGGAAGGCACACGCCUGGUACUUUCACAAAUCAGCUCCAGACGUCGUUCAAUGAGCCCCGUCUCCUCAUUCUGACUGACCCACGAACUGAUGCUCAGCCAAUUAAGGAGGCUGCUUUGGGAAACAUACCCACCAUUGCUUUCUGUGAUACUGAUUCCCCUAUGCGUUAUGUUGAUAUUGGCAUCCCUGCGAAUAACAAGGGGAAGCACAGCAUCGGAUGUCUUUUCUGGCUCCUAGCAAGGAUGGUUUUGCAGAUGCGUGGUUCCCUCCGUCCAGGGCUUAAGUGGGAUGUCAUGGUUGAUCUCUUCUUCUAUAGAGACCCUGAGGAGGCCAAGGAAAAGGAAGAUGAAGAUCUUCCUCAAAUCCCAGAUUAUGGAACUGCAGAUUAUGCUGCACCUGGUAUCAUCGGGGCUGAUCAAUGGCCUACCCAAGUUUCUGAUGCUCCAUGGCCAACAGAUACCCCUACAACUAUCCCGGCAGUUCCUGUUGUUGGCUGGACCGCAGAACCAGGCGCAGUAGGAGGAGAGUGGGAUUCGAUUCCUCCAGCACAAAUUCCUGCUGCCGCGGUUGAAGGUGUUGUUCCUCCUCCUAGUCGCUGGGAGUGAGGAAUUUUUGAAGGGGUGCUCUUCACAAUGUCGUUGAAUCCGUAGUCAGCUAGAUUUUCUUUUCUCGUUUGGGAUUUUCUAAAAGGAUUAUGAUAAUGCCAUUUUGAAAAAAUGGAUUGUUUUUGAAGCCGUUGAGUUUAGAUUUGAAAAAAUGGAUUGUUUCUGGAGGGCUAGACAAUGUUACCAUUGAAUUAUUUCUUUUAAUUAAUUUAUCGUAAAUCUGUACCAAAAGAAUUACAUCUUGAA